AUGUCGGUGCUGGUCAUUGGCGCUGCUGGCGCCGUCGGCAAGCGUCUCAUAGGGGCUUUGGCCGCGCGCGGCGAGCGCAUUGUGGCAGUGGACAAGGCGCCAGCACUACCUGAGAGCAUCCGGACGUUGGUGAUGCAUGCAGAGACCAACAAAGACGUCCGGGACUUCUACACGAUGCAGCGCAUCUUCCAGCGCCAUCGCUUCGUCCACACCGUUUGGAACCUUGCGGCGCCCCUGUCAGUGGUCACCAUCAACGGCAUGCGCAACGUGCUCUGGGCAAUGUAUGAGGCAAGAGUCAAGAAGAUACUCUUUACAGAUUCCAUCGGCUCCUUUGGAUCAACUGACCCGGGCUCCGACUAUGGCCGUCAGAAGCGCGGCGUGCGACGGCUGUUGCAGGAGUUCUGGAGAUCAGGAGGUGACCCCCGCUGGGCCGUGCUGCCUGGCGUGUUGCACAGCGAGCCGACUUGGGGUCAUGGCACCACAGAGUAUGCCUUGGAGGCAUUGCUUGCUGCUGCCAACUGCUUAUCUGGGAAGCAGGAAACGGAUGUGCGAGUGCCAAUGAUCUAUGUGGAUGACCUCAUCCGAGGUCUCCUCGCACUUCAGGAUGCUCCGGAGUCCUCCCUCCAGGAGCCCGAGCGUGGCUACGCCAUCCCUGGGGUGUCCUUCACUGCAGAGGAACUCUUCAAGGAGAUUCGCUUCCAUGUGCCCAACUUCCAAUAUCAAGUGGAGCUUGAUGCGAACAUGAACACCUUUGCCAAGCUGUGGCCCGACAAAUUGUCCACGGCCGAACCUUGGAGAGAUCUGUCCUAUGCGCCGAGCGUUGGAUUUCGAGAUAUGGUCUUCAAGAUUCUCAUUGCUCAUCGCGCGGAGGCGCGCCUGGAGGCCAAGGAAGCGGCUGCCAUGGAGAGCGCCGCGGAGGCGCAGAAAACCCUGAGCCGGUUGUCGGAAGUGGUGGAAGAGAGGGACCGGCUGCAAGCUGAGCUGGACGACUUGCAUGUCGGCGCGCAGCAGCUGCAGGCGGACAGCCGGCAGCAGAAGCAGCAGCUGCAGGCGAAUCGUCAUGCCAUCGACUCUACGUCUGCCGAAGUACGGCGACUGCAGCAAGACAAGGAUGAGCUGCAGUCGCAGCUUGAGAAGGCCAAGAGCAAGGCCUGCUCGCUGGAAAUGGAGCAGCACCAGCAGAAUCAGCGAAAGGAGCAACUCCAGGUGCAGCUCCGCACACGCGAGCAGGAGCUGGAGCAUGCGCAGGCGGCUUUGCUCGAGCUCCAGGAGGCUAAGGGUCAGGUGGCAGAGGUGGCGCAGACGGAGAAGCGCUGUCGUGGGGAGCUUGAGGAGCACUUGGUGGCGAAGGCCCGUGAGGUGGACGAAGCCCGUGUGGCCUUGCAGAAGGUCCUCGAGGAGAAUUCCCAACUGCAAAGUCACCUCGAAGCGGCCCACGAGAAAGCUUCCGGACUGGAGGAGCAAGUCCAGGGCCAUGAAGACCGCUGCAGGGCGUUGGAGGACGACUUGGGCGAAGCCAGGAUCCAGCUGAGUGCCGCGGCCGCGCGCGAGGCGCAGCUUAAGGAGGCCGCGGCCUCGGGGCGGUCUGAGGAGCAGGCCGAGCUUGCAGACGCCUGGGCGCAGAAGGAGCUCCUGGAGGCUCAGCUGGCGGCGACCAUCGCCCGGUUGGACGAGGAACAGGCAGAGCGCAUCCGCCAAGGUGCCCGGGCAGAAACUUUGGAGGGGGACUUGGCGGCACAACAGCGCAUCUACUCGGAGCAGGCCUCGGCGGCACGGUGCAAGACGGUGGAGCGCUCCUGGCUCUCGCUGGUAGCAAGUGCUGCUGCGCACGUGCAGGAUAUGGGCAGGCGCCGGGUGAUGUCAGAGCUGAUUGCGUCACGCCGAGAGGCCCUGAACCAAGCCAAGCGCCAGACCGAGCUGGCUGAGUUGUUGCAAGCUGAGCAGCAGAAGUUGGCCCAUGAUGGUCAGCUUCAGAAGCACCAGGAUGAGGAUAUGGCCUCCUGCAUAAAGGAGAACGAGGAGCUGCGCGCCUGCAAUCGCGAGCUGACCCUCUCCAUGCAGCAGUUCAAGGAAGAGAAUGAUCAGCUCCACGUCGACAACGGCAGCCUGUUGGAGAGCGUGGCCCUCUUCGAGGGUGACCUGGGCAAGGUCGCCGACCGACAUGCGCAGCUCAUCGGGCACGUGAACAAGAAGCAAAAGAUCCGCUACACCGUGAAGCUCAAGGAGGAGUGUGCGCAGCUACGCUUGGACUUGAACAAGGCCCGCCACAAGCUGAUGCAGCUGGAAGGCAGCCGCAGAAGCGAUAGCCUGUACGGAGCCCUCGCUUCCUUGGGCUACUCGCCCGUCCCCGCCAUCACCUCGUCGCCGCAGCCGAAGCCGAGAGGACAGGACCAAAGCCCAGCGAGCCCCCCGCAGCAGCUCCCGCCACCCACGCGCGUGAGCCCCAAAGGAGCUCCAGCCCGGCCCGAGGAGGCUCAGAGGCGACUGCGACUUCAGGAGUGUGCUUUGGAGCGGGUCAACUCUGAUUUCCGGCACCUGCUCACCCUGGUGCAGCGCGUGAUCGGCCGAAGCACUGACGAGCGCAAGGAGAUCAACUUCGCCGACUUGCUCCAAGACCUGCGACAGGUCAUGGCAGCCCAGGCUCACCAGAGCGUUGGCAGCCGGACGGAUGCCAGCUCUGUCAAGAAGGAGCCAAAGGAGGCGAAGGAGCCGUCGACACCACGAGCGCGAGAUAGCUUGGCUUCGCCCCUGAGCCUCCGCCUGAGCUCACAGCCACCGGCGUCAGAGGAGCCACGUCCAGUGCAGGACAAGGAGAACCAGCUGAACGUCCAGAACCAGACUGAGGGCGAGAUGGGCAGAGCCGCCACACCCGAGACUCACGAGGCGGUGAGGAAGGUGAUGAAGCAGAUCAACUUCGCCCUCAGCUUUGGUGCGCGCAAGCUCUACGGCCGCCCCAUCCAAGAUGCGCGCAGCUUCUUCGAAGCCUUGGACCGACACGGAAACGGCGCGCUGGAGCGCAAGGACAUCGCACAGGGCUUCAAGCGCCUCGACAUCGUGCUGCCUGUGAACACCUUGGAGCUGCUCGUGAAAACGGUUGAUCAGGAUGCCAAUGGGCUCAUGUCUGUGGAGGAGCUGCUCAAGGCACUGGAGCGCUCCGAGCGCCUGGCAGCAAAGAGUGAGGGCGUCUCGGUUCCUCCGCUUCCGCGCAAGCGGCUUUAUUAG